AUGGCCCUGCAAACGAAACAGCUGAGAUUCAGCGUUGCCAAAGUUAGUAUAGUGUGCAAAUCAAAUCUCUCACAGCCCCUAACCAGCUCCGAAUAUAAUGUGGUACAUUUUUGCUCAACACCAAAAAUGAAGGCGUCUUUCGUCUGGCAACACUGGUGGGAUUUGUUAUAUGAUUUUUUAAGCAUCUGUCAAAAACUUGACAUUUUUGUACGAAUAUUUUCAGACAAAAUAUCAAUUAUGUUGAGAAGACCUCCUACAAACAUUGAACUAAAGUUGAAUGAUAUUCAAGAAUACGAAGAAAUGCGUCAACAAAUAAUAAAGGAAAAAUCAAAUAAGUCGGGUUUUGAUUUGCCCACUUGGCAACCAGGUCCGAAAAUUAAGCAAGAAGUAUACAGCCGCCUUGGAUAUAUUCCACAGAGGCCCAUUCCAGUUCGAAACAUAUUUAAUUAAUACAACAUAAGAUUUUUUAUUUAUUAAAUUAAAAGAAAAAAAUCUUGAGAAUGUAGGUAUAUUUAUUUUAGAGUUUUUACAAUAAAUAGUUGCUAAGAGG